AAGAUAAGGUUUGGUAUAUUUUUGAGUAUAAAGAGAGGUAGAACAGACAGAGUAAUGAAGAGAAGAGAAAUAUGGCAACAGCAAAAGAUCUUGGUGGCAUCACCAUUGUGCAUGGAGCUGCCAACAACUUGGAGAUCGAAGAACUGGCUCGCUUCGCCGUUGACUAUUACAACAAAAAGCACAACGCACUUUUGGAGUUUGUGACAGUGAUAAGUGCAAAGAAGCAGGUGGUGAGUGGGAUAUUGUAUUACAUAACCUUGAUGGUCAAAAAUGGCGAAACCAAAAUCGUGUAUGAAACCAAAGUGUGGGUGAGAGAAUGGUUGAACUCUAAGAAGGUGCUGAAAUUCAAAGUCGUCGACGAUUCAACCACAGAAGUAGGCACAGGUGAAAUCAAGGAUGUUCCUGCCGACACCCCUCACAUCCAGAAUCUCGGUGCCUUUGCCGUUGAUCAAUACAACCAAGACAAUAAGAAUGCAAAUUUGAAGUUUGUGAGGGUGAUUCAUGCAAAGGAACAGGUAGUGGAAGGGUUCUUAUACUACCUAACUUUGGAAGCAAAAGAUGGUAAGAGUAAAAAUCUGUAUGCAGCGAAGGUGUGGCAGCUCGACUCCACUGAAUUGCUGGAAUUCAACCGUGUCUAUGAUGCUCUUUAAUCUUCUUUCCACUUUUCAAGACUACGUACACUAUGCAUGUAUGCUAUAAAUAAAUGUAACUCAUGUUACGUACCCACCACCACCAUCUAUUCUCAUUAACUCCAUUGUAAUGUUUCUCAUUAUAUAUAUAAAUGUUUGUGUUUUAAUUAUGCAACAUUUCUAAUUAACAGCUUUUUUAAUAGAUUAACUACAAAAUUCUCAGGAAAUAUUUCUUCAUCGUUACACCUAUUACGAAUCGAUAUGAGAAACACUAUUAACAUACUUUUCAAAAUAAAAAACUAAACUUUAAUUAUGAGUGUGUGUGUGUGAAAGAUAUGAAUGUGGGUGGAUAGAGAAA